CGCCAUUCGUCUUCGCACGCCUUCCCCAUCAUAUCUCUUCUGUUACCUACCAGCGCCGAAGAGGAGGAGAAGGAGGACUAGAAGACCACAACUGAACUCUCUCCCUGUCAAGAUGUCUAUUGGUGUGCCGAUUAAAGUCCUGCAUGAGGCUGAGGGCCACAUUGUGACGUGUGAGACAAACACUGGUGAAGUAUAUUGGGGGAAGCUCAUUGAAGCGGAGGACAACAUGAAUUGCCAGAUGUCCAACAUCACAGUCACAUACAGAGAUGGUCGAGUGGCACAGCUAGAGCAGGUAUACAUCCGUGGCAGCAAGAUCCGCUUUCUGAUUUUGCCUGACAUGCUGAAAAAUGCGCCCAUGUUAAAGAGCAUGAAAAAUAAAAACCAGGGCUCAGGAGCUGGCCGAGGAAAAGCUGCUAUUCUGAAGGCUCAAGUGGCUGCAAGAGGAAGAGGACGUGGAAUGGGACGUGGAAACAUCUUCCAGAAACGAAGAUAACUUUUAUGUUGAACAGAACUGUGCUUACAUUUUUUGUUCAGGGUAUCUUGAGUUCAUGGGGGCGGGCACUUGUGUGUAUAUCUUAGAUUUGCUUUGACAUCUUUCUCUCUAGAUCCUAGGAAAUGUUAAACUAAAUAAAUCUGGUUGUUCUGG